CCGUGGUAUAAUACAUAAUUUUCGCCAGUCGUUUCUUUUUGUCAUUAAAUGCACGUACACGCAUACGUGUAUAGUGGAAACGCGCCUUUAUCUAAUUAAAUAUUUAAACCACGGUUAUAGACGGUUUAUUGUGGUUAACUGAAUUAUCAUUUUUUUUUUUUUAUUCCGUUAACCGUUACAACAACAAAAUGGUGAUAACAGUUACUGGGUGAACUACAAUAAAUAUUAAAUUGAAAAUUCAGUUUGAACUUCAAAAUAAUCGAAACGUCUAAUAGGACGUGUACAAGUAUAAACAUAAUCCAUUAAGCAUCAAGCCUCCAAACUAUUUUUUUUUAUGAUCAUAGUAUCAUAUUCAAAACUUCAAAACGAUCGUUAAAAGUAUUUAAUAAUUUGGUAAAACAGUAUUUUUAAUUUUGAAUCUACAUCGAAGAUUGAUAAUAAAUAUUGUUUUAAUAUAUUAAUGAAUUAGUGUAAAAAAAUAUUGUAAUUAUUUUUAAUUUAACAUCGAACAAUGUCUGACACCCGAAAACGCCGUUCUAGUUUUUUCCCAAAACCAGCUGAAGAUAAUCAUGAAAAACAGUUGGAACUGUUUAAGAAUAUGUCUUGGGUAAAUGAAGAAAAAGAAAAUAUAUUUUCUAAUUCAACUUUAUUUGGUGGCCAAGGAAAAGAAGCAUUACUAGAAUACACUGAAAAACUGAAAAGUCGCAAGCAAGAUUAUCCAAAAUUGGUAUCUAGCAAACAAGAAGAACAAAUUCAUUUAAAAGAGAAACUACGUAAAAGUAAAGUUGAAAUAAGUUGGGAAACAGCUUGUGAUGGAUUAACAGACUUUGAACGAGAUUUUAUUUCUAAUAGACCUAAUUAUAAGUGUUUAGUGGAAAAAAUUCAUUUACUCACAUUACAUACAGCCUUAGUAAAAAGAUCCAAUUAUGAACUACAUGUAAUUUUAAAUGCUUAUAACAGACGGGCUAAUGAAGAAAUAGAUAAAUUACAAGAGUCAUUUAUUGAUAAAAUUGUAGAAGAUAGUGGGGUUGGUACUUCAUGCUACAGUAAUGACACAAAUUUGUCAACCAUGGAUUGUGACACAAAUUCAUCAUCAGAAGAUGAAUGUUUAAUAUCUAAUUAAAUUUCAAAAUAUUAUUAAUGAUACAAAUUGUGUAAAAAAAAAAUAUUUUAUAUAAAAUAAUAAGAUGUAAGUAGGUACUAAUUAUAUUUUAAUACAUAUUAGAUUUUUGAGUUAAUAAAUGAAUAAAUCCUAAUACAAAACAAA